UUACAGAUGUUUACGCACCUACACGUGCGUGUAUAAUAAUUAUAAUAUAUUUACGAUUUAACUGUUCAUAAUAUUGUUAUUAUCUAAUUCUAUUUUCUAUACUAGAUAGUUUAUUGUCAGUCGCGGGGUUCACGACAUAAAAAUGUUUAGCGGCAAAUGUACCAGCUCAGUCAGGCUGGACGGCAAGACCACCAUCAUUACAGGUGCGAACACGGGCAUCGGCAAAGUCACAGCCAAGCAGUUUUACACACUCGGUGCAAAGGUCAUAUUGGCAUGCCGGAACGUCGGAAAAGCAGAACAGGCCGUAUCGGAUAUCAUGGCUGAAGUAAAAGGCGACGGCCUAGGACAACUGGUUGUGGAGGAAUUGGAUUUAGCGUCUUUCGUGUCGAUCAAACGUUGCGCAAAAAGAAUUUUACAAAAUGAAAAACAAAUUCACGUGCUGGUGAAUAACGCCGGCGUAAUGACUUGUCCUAAAGGGAAAACCCAAGACGGUUUCGAAACUCAAUUUGGCGUAAAUCACUUGGGACACUUUCUAUUCACGUCUCUCCUUUUGCCAAGAAUCCGAAACUCGACACCCAGCCGCAUCAUUAACGUGUCGUCAAUGGCGCAUGCGAGAGGUUCGAUCAAUUUUGAAGACAUCAACUCCGAUAAAAAUUACUCGGCUAUUGCGGCUUACAGUCAAAGUAAACUAGCUAAUGUGCUUUUCUCGAAAGAACUAGCGCGUAGACUUGAAGGGACCGGAGUUCACGUAUAUAGUCUACAUCCAGGAAUCGUGAACACCGAAUUGGCCAGAACAGUAGAUCAAGUGUACUUCCCAGGUAUGUGGUUGUUGGGUCGAGUUAUUCUCUUUCCAUGGGUAAAGACUCCAGAACAAGGAGCUCAGACCACUUUGCACUGUUCAAUAGACGAAAAAGCCGGGGAGGAAACUGGACUUUAUUACAGCGAUUGCAAGGUAAAAGAACCAUCGGCAUCAGCGAAAGACCCGGAGCUAGCGAAAAAACUUUGGGUAAAAAGCAUGGAAAUGGUCGGCUUAAAUAAUUACGACAUGUUCAACUGCAGCGGAAACACGCUCCCCGAACCAUUGAAAAAUGUUUGAAUCGUGAACGCUAACGUGUAUUUUUUAAAUUGUUAUUUUUUUAAUAUAAUAUUUUUUAUUUCUA